AUGAAUCCAUCGACUUCAUCACCCGAGUCGGAAAUGGCACUGAAGAGUGAUUAUGAGAGGUUAAACUCCAUCACUACUCAGACUUCGAGGACAAGCGACGAGGAUCAAUUCGCGGAUAAAGGGAAAGGAAAAGAAAUCGAGAUGCAAGAAACACAAUCCACUCCCGAAUUGAUACGAAGAGAGAGAUCGCCCACACCUUCGAUGUUGAUGAGACGGAAAACAGAAGGAGAGGUCAUUAAGAGUGGACCAAAGUCUGCGGGGAUGGUGGAUAAGAGGGCCAGGUUUGACGAGGGGAGGAAUAGGGGGAAGGGGGAAAAGAAAGAUAGUGGCAAGAGGAGACAUUCUAAUAAUGAACAUGCGAAUGUUUAUACUGAAUGCGGAAGACAUUCAGAUGAUUGGUUAUUCGGCGGGUUUUCGGUUUCCGGUGCAAUGAAGAAGAUUUGGCAGAAAGAUGGGAAAGAUUCGGGGUGA